AUGUACGGCGCGCCUCCCCAUCCGCAUCAGCAGCCACAUGCGCCCUUCCAGUAUGGGGCGCCCCCGCAGUCAGAUGCCUUGCAUUCCAGCUCGUUUUUGAUCCGACCGCACAUCGGAUCGCCACUUGCCCCCAAGCCCAGCACUGGACUCAAGGUUUUUCUCCGUCGGCUCUAUUAUAGAGCCUCGGCUUUUAUAGAACGUUCGCAGCCAUACUAUGGGCCCCGCUGGGCACUUUCUGCAAUCCUGCUGACACUAUUCAUGGCGCGGGUAAUUAUUUCUCAGGGCUGGUAUGUGAUCGCCUAUGGUCUCUGGAUUUAUUUGUUGAACGCCUUUCUGGCAUUCUUGUCGCCAAAAUUCGAUCCAUCUGGCGAACUUGAUAACGAUGCCGACUUGUCUGACCAGUCUGGCCCGGCGCUUCCAACGGUUUCCUCCUUUGGCAUGGAUCAGCGUACAGCCGACACAGAUGACGACGAAUUCCGCCCCUUUGUUAGACGCCUUCCGGAAUUUACCUUUUGGCAUUCUGUGACGACCGCAAUAAUCCUUUCUAUCUGCAUUUCUUUCUUUUCAAUAUUUGAUAUCCCCGUCUUCUGGCCCAUUCUAUUGGUAUACUUUAUACUGCUCUUUGCAAUGACAAUGAAAAGGCAAAUCAAGCAUAUGAUCAAGUACAAAUACAUUCCGUUUGAUCUCGGUAAGAAGAAAUAUAACAGUAGCAAUAAGACCUCCGGAACGGGCCCCUUUAGUGCAUUUUCGCUUGCCAGCUCGCCACAGACCGCAUAUCAGCCACCGACCAAAGGCAGUCUGACGUCGCCGCUUUCUGCAGCACAGAUGCCGCACUAUGUGCCGCCGGCCCCCUUUGUCCCGCGGCCUAGCGAGUAG